AGGUGGCGUAUUCCCAGAGCACUGGCCAGAAAGAGCAGCAGAGCCGCUGCUUGCAGCGAGGGAUCAGGCGGGUCCAGGAUCUCUGUAAAGUCCUCCAGCUCCCAACAGUGUUUGAGGAAACGGCGGUGUCGUACUUCCAGAGAGCUCUGCAGCACCCCUCCUUCCACCUGGUCAGUCUGGAGAAGAAGGAGCUCCUGGGGGGCUGCUGCGUCUUCGUGACUUGUCGACAGCACAACUGGCCCCUGACGAUGGGGACGAUCUGCUCCCUCCUUUACGCGAAGCAGGAGCUGUUUGCCAGCGUCUACCUGAGCCUUCAGAAAGACCUUGGGCUCUCUGUGCCAGCCCUGAGCCUGGCCGAUCUGGUGAAGACACACCUGAACAGUUUUCGGCUCUUCCAGCAUGCAGCUGACGUCCCUGCCCCGUUUUUGGAGGACAAAGAGAAGAUGGUCACCCGAACAAUGCAGGUCGUGGAGCUGGCUAGUGAGACGUGGCUGGUCACUGGCCGGCACCCUGUUCCCAUUGUCACAGCUGCAGCCUUCCUGUCAUGGCAGUCGCUGCAGCCUGCUGCCCGCCUCACCUGCACUUUUGCGCGGUUCUGCAAGCUGGCGGGUGUUGACCUGCCGCCACCGGCACAUCUGAGGCUGAAGGAGCUUCUUGAGAUUCUCCUGAGAAUGGCCUCCCAGCUAGCUUGGCUGAGGGUAUUUAACCUGGACAAGAAAACUGUGGUCAAGCACAUCGGGGACCUGCUGCAACACCGAAAAGUCUCCUUCUCCCUGGAGGAUGGGGAGGAGCAGCGUGCCACCGCCCCGGGCGAGGGCUCCGCGGCUGAGGGCUCCCCCGGCUCUCCUCUGGCGGCGGGAGCAGCAGCACAGGAGGAGGACUGUCCCUCGGUAGGGAAGCGCCCGAGGCCCUUGCUGCCGCCAUGCCUUAUCAAUCCGAGGAAGAGACUGCGGACGGCAGCCCUGAGCGCUUCAGACUCUGCCAUCACCGGCGACGAGCCCAUCUCCGACAGUGAAAUCGAGCAGUACCUGCGGGGCCCGGAAGAGAUCCGGGCCUUCAGGAAGGCCAAGGCCUGGCCGUGA